GCACGCGCAAGCUCCGGUCGCAGCUUGGGCUCGGACGGGCCCCGGCCCGGCCCGGCCCGGCCCGUCCCGUCCCGGCCCCUGCCAGCGCCGCCCCGCCCCGCCGCAGAGAGCGCUCCCGCCGGUCCGGCGGGCGGGCGCCAUGGCGGUGCGCGGCGUGCCGUGCCUGGCCUGGUGCCUCCGCCGAGUCGGGGCCAGCGGCGACUGGCUCCUGCUGGAGGCCGGCACGCAGGUGACUGUUGGCCGAGGAUUAGAUAUCACGUACCAGCUGGUGUCAAAAACCUGUCCCUUGAUGAUCUCUCGUAAGCACUGUGUCUUCCAGCAGAAUGCAGAAGGGCAGUGGACUGUCAAGGAUAACAAGAGUCUAAAUGGAGUUUGGCUUAAUAAACAGCGCCUGGAUCCAUCAAAAGUCUAUCCGAUUGCUGAAGGAGACCGUAUUGAGUUGGGAGUGCCUUUGGAAAACAGAGAGACUGCUGAAUAUGAGUACGAAGUAAUUAAAGACGAAUGGGAGAAAAUUAGACCCUUUUUAGCCCAAAGAAGUGACCUGGGGAAAGCUAAGUGUUCAAGACCUAAACGUAAAUUUAGUUUGGAGGAAUUGGAGACAUGUGAAUCAGAGAGCCUCUCAAACUCCAAAUGCAAAAGAGACAGAAUGUCCUGUGCCAAUGAACCUUUUGAUAAACCAUGGGUACAGGCAGAAGAGGCCAGACGGCUAACAGAGAAGAUGGAUGUCAAGCUGCCUGCUCCUGGGCCCAGUGAGGGGUAUAGUGAUCCAGUGCAUGGUAGCCCUGUUCACUCCAGGAAAGCUGUGGCUGUCGCCCAGAAGGACCAGAAAGGCUCUGGUCAUGUAGAGUCAUGGACUGGCUUGAAAAAGCUGAAGAAAUCUCUGGAAGAUACAAUGAAAUUAAAGGUCAAAGUGCAGGAGAAGCAGACUGCAGUUCUGAAUGUGAAGCAGAAAUGCAGGAAGUCUGAUCAGAAGGAGAUGCUAGUAAUGGAGCAGGAGCUGCAGGCGUUGCAGAACCAGCUCUGCAUGGAACAAGAGCAUCAGCAGCAGCAGGUGGAAGAGCUGGAGAGGACAUUAUGUAAAGAGCAGCAGAAGCUAGAGUCUCUUUUUUUCCCCCCCACUUCUUACCCCACCCAGGGAGAAAAGUGUCAACAUGGGGAGGAAAAUCUGAAGGAGCAGCUGGCCCAGGUCCUGCAAGAGCAUCAUGCUUUGAUGGAAGAACUGAAUCGUAAUAAAAGAGAUUUUGAGGAGAUAAUUCAAGCCAAGAACAAAGAAUUGGAAGAAACCAAGGAGGAGAAGGAAAAGGUGAGAGCCCAAAAAGAAGAGGUGUUGAAUCAGAUGAAUGAUGUGUUGGAGAAUGAGUUGCAGUGCACAAUCUGUUCUGAGCACUUUAUCGAGGCAGUCACUCUGAACUGUGCACACAGCUUCUGCUCCUACUGUAUCAAUGAGUGGACAAAACGUAAAGUGGAGUGCCCUAUCUGCAGGCAGGAGAUCAAAUCAAAGACACGCUCUCUGGUGCUGGAUAACUGCAUAAACAGGAUGGUAGAAAAACUAGAUGUGGAAAUGAAAGAGCAUCGCCUAAGCCUUAUCAGAGGGCGGAAAGGUGAGAGAGAAACAGAAUGUGGUGGUGAAACCAGCCACAGACAGUGACAACAGUGUCCCUUCUACCACCUACUUCAUCUUGUCAAUGAGCAACUGUGACAGUGAGGACUCUGAGGAGGAUUCUUCCUAUAGUGAAAGCUACUAUGUUAUCUGAACAUUGUUACUGCAGACUCAUUGCCCCUGUGCUGCCUAGAAUCAACCUAAUGGUAUUUGGUUGACUGCCGCUUGGAGGAGUGGACUGGGCACCUGUGAAGAGACUGGAGCUGUAAACUAGCAGCAUUUGGAAGAAGAAUCUUGUUUUCCAAAUGAAUGCACAGAAGCUUGAUCUCUAAAAAAAAUUGGAUUUGUGAGAGAGCUGACUGCCUUUGUGCUGGCUAAUUGACUUACAAACCCUAAGCUUUCACGUUAGCUUCUGACCUGCUCAGUAUAAUGAAUGAGUUUGUAUUGCAUCAUUGUCCUUUCCUUAAUGAAUUACAUGUUUACAUCAGCAUCUCUUAUUUCAGGCAGCAGAGGGAAUGUCCCAAGCGUUUUGAGAACUUGGCCAUCCCCACCAGCAGGCAGGAGAUAGGUAUAUCGGGAAAAAGUGCCAGUGUGGGCUUUCCUUUUGAAUUUCAUGUGGCAACUAGUCAUCCUAGCCUUUGGCAUUAAAGGUGAUAAAGGGUGGGAUAUGGACACUGUUAGCUGCAAGUGCAUUGUAAGCUAGCUGCUGGCCAUCAGCUUGCUCUGUUUAUGUAGCCCAUUUUCCAUUAGAUAGGGAUAGAGGAGAUUAAAUCUUCCAGAAGUCUUUAGCUAGUGUUCUUUUCAUGUAGUGUCUUUGGUUUGUUCCCUCUUCAGGUUUUUACAUAAAGGGUUUUAGAACUGGGAAACAGCACAUCAAGAAAUUUUUAGCAAUGACUUUAAAAACAUAUAAUGAGCAGCAGGAGAAGAACCUCUGUAUCUUCAGGUGUGCUGCUCCCCUGUCUGUUGGCAGGGUAGGAAAGCAGCAUCUGUAGACAACCACAAGGUACAGAAUUAAGCACUUUCAUUUUACUGUUUACAAGACAUAACUGUUGAGAUGUGGAUUGUGCUACCAUCAUGGCAAAUCACUCGUUCAUAAGAGACCAAUCAAGUCUUGCCUUAUCCUAUCAUGUAUUUGCUAUUGAGUUCCAUUUUCUAGUGACUUAUGCUUUUGACUUAGUUGUUACAUGGAAAGGACAUUUACACUGUGAGAACAGGACGGGGAAGCCCUUCUCUGUAAUAUUUCUUUGGCUCUUUGAUUAUACCUUUUUGUUUCUAUCUUUACUUUGUUUAAGAACAAAAAUAUAAAUCCAUUUCUGCAUUAGUCUUUUUUGGUGCAGCCACUGAGAUGUCUUCUAGUUGUCUUUAGACUUUUUUGAGAAAACAGACUAUCUAAUUUAAUGACUUUAUUUCAUGUUUUGAUUGCUGUAUGCAGGGUGACUACUGUAAAGAAAGAUGUUUGUAUUCAGGAACUGAUCAAAGCCCAGUCCUUCAAGACUGUGACUGCCCUAAUGCUAAUUUAAUAGUUACAAUAGCUAGCUGUUACCUGCUUCCCCUGAGAAAGAUCCCAAUAAAAAGGUGCAUGAAUCAUGUCCUAAGGAAGUAGUGUAUUCUGACAUAUUUGGUCAAUAGGAUUUAAACAGGCGAGGCCUGAUCAGUGGGCCAGGCAGCUUGCUUAAAACUUUAGUGUAAGGUUUCUUUUGUGAAGGAGACAUUAUAUCUUCUGUAUUCUUCUUUCUCUUUUAAUGUUCACUUUCUGUGUGUGUUCUUGAGAGUUUGUUUUAUGAAUAGAUGCUUCCUAGAAUGAGCAAGAGAAGAACAUUCCUCAAAAUGCUCAUGAAACAGGCUGAUAUGGAACAGGCAUUUCCAAUGAAGAGGAGUAGAAGGAAAAUACUCUGGUUACAUAGGACUGCAAAUUCUUCGGCUCGGUAUCUCUUCCAUACUGCUGUGCUUUUUGUCUCAUUUCAUUUUGCAAAAUACAUAUUUAUUUUAUUA